AUGGCUUCGAAGCUGGUGCGGAUACUCAUGUUCGCGAGGAUUUUCAGUAUGAUCCGUUUACUCCGUGUGCCGAAGCUUCUGAGAUUCUGCUUUGAAUUGGAAAGUGUCUCUGACAUCCAGCUUGAAGAAGCCAAGAAGUUUUUCAGGAUAUUUUUCAUGUUCAUGUUGAUAAUCCUGAUUUGGCACUGGAACACAUGUGUUCAGUACUUCAUAUCUCUACUGGAGGAGUUUCCUGACGACUGCUGGGUCAUGCAAGAGAACGUCAAGAAUACCACGAUCGGGGAAAAAUACUCCUAUUCUUCCUUCAGAGCUUUCUCUCAACUGGCCUGGAUUUCAACUAAAUCUAUUCAAUCGCCAACACGCAUGGCAGAACGGUGGACGGCUGUUGUUAGCAUGGUGGUUGGAUAUAUAAUGUGUUUUGCUCUUAUCGCCUGCUUGAUGACAACAGUCGGGAGCAUGUCUGCGACUGGCAAUGAAUACAAGAAAAAGAUCAGCCAGCUGCAAUCCUCCAAAAUGUUCAAGAAGCUGCCCAGGUCUCUGCGCCAGCGCACCACUGCCCAGUACAAGUGGCAGUAUGACAAGAAGAACAUCCUCGAUCUGGUGUCAAAACGGCUGAGAAAGGAUAUUAUGGCAGAUAUGUGUCCCAACCUGCUGAGCAAAGGCUCCAUGCUCAUAAAGCAUGACAGAGAAUUCACCGAAGCAAUCUUGGUGAAGUUGGAGUACGAGUUAUUCCAAGCAGAAGACAUCAUCCUUCAUCAGGACGCUAAAGCUGCCCACAUGUUCUUCAUCGAGCAUGGACGUGUGCUCGUGAAGAACCAGUUUUUCCAAAUGGAGCUGUCCGAUGGAGACCACUUUGGAGAGAUCAGCUUCCUGUUUGGUGGAAGGCAGCUGGCCACAGUUUCUGCUCUGGCCGCCUGCAGCCUUUUCUCCCUGUCAAUAAAACAUUUUGAGGAGAUUGAGGAAGAGUUUCCACAUGUUGUGAAGGAACUGAGGGCAGUGGCUCAACAGCUCAAAGAUGAUCUCGAGGGUGUUGGGCUGGAACGUCAAGUUACAUCAGCAUCGAACAGUGUGUGCGACGACACAUCAGGACAUUUUGUUUUAGUCAAUUAGUCAUCGAUUGAAAAAG